AUGCCACGAUCGAAGUUUGUCUUCGCGAUCUUGCUGGCCUUGAGCUUUUUCUAUGGAGCUCAAGCAACAUUUUUCGGGCGCAAAUUCAUUGGCUAUGCAAGAGUUUCCGAAAGUCUGGCUGAGCGCAUCAAUGACAAGAAUAAACUAAUUGUAGAAGGAUCUGGUGGUUCAAUAGGACCUGGCUUUUAUCUGGUAAACGACCCUGCUGGCUGGAUAAGUGAAGGGAGUUGGUACUGUGCCGUAAAAGCUAGUAAGAGGAAGAUUAAAAAAAUGGAUAAAGUCUAUAUCCCGAAAUCUCAUCUAACAAAGAUCUCGGAAACCCAAGUUGAGCGACAAAACUUAUGGGGCGAAGACGAAACACUUAUCGAGAAAUACAUCACGGGGCGUCACCUCGGGGGGAAAUCAUACAUAAAAGACCCCAAGAAAACGCUACGCUUUUCAUGGGUUAAGAAUACCAAUGAGCAAUGGCAGCUGCAAAUGGCUAUUCCAAAGAAGGUGCUAGAGGAAAGUCAUUUGGGUUUAUGGGCGAAAUGCUUUCAGUCAGAGGAAGAGCUGAAGAAAUAUUCGGACCGUGUCAUUCCUUGGGAAAAAUGGACGAAGGGCAAAAGAUUCCCCCCCCCGCCUGAAGAUUGGAGGAGCAUGAAUACCCAUCUCAUAACUAACUAA